AUGAUCAUCACUGGUUCUGAUUCUACUGCUAUUGCUGAAGUCAAAAGUCAUCUCUUCCGUGAGUUCGAAAUGAAAAACUUGGGCCCGUUACGUUAUUUCCUUGGUAUUGAAGUUGCUUCCUCUCCCCAGGAGUAUCUUUUGGGACAGUCCAAACUGUUUGAUACUCCCCUUGAACUUCAUGCCAAAUUCUCUGCCUCUGAUGAUGUCUCCCUUGAGGAUCCUACGGAAUAUCGCGAAUUAGUGGGCUGCUUAGUUUAUCUUACUAUUACUCGGCCAGAUAUUUCUUAUGCAGUUCACAUUGUUAGUCAGUUUGUCUCUGCUCAUCGGACUACGCAUUGGGCUGCUCUCUUACGUAUUCUUCGUUAUCUUUGUGGUACCCUUCAAAUUUCUUCUACAUCAAGCUUAACCCUCCAUGCUUAUGCUGAUGCUAACUGGGCGGGUGAUGUCAAUGACCGCAAAUCUACCUAUGGCCUCUGUGUUUUUCUAGGCGAUUCUCUUAUCUCCUGGAAAAGCAAAAAGAAAUAUGUUGUUGCUCGCCCCACCGCAGAAGCUAAAUAUCGUGCCAUGGCCCAUGCUACCUCUGAAAUCGCCUGGCUUCGCUGGCUUAUUUCCGAUAUGGGGGUCUCUGUUACUACUCCUACGCCUCUUUACUGUGACAAUAAGAGUGCUAUUUAG